AUGCAGCCAAUCGAUCAUGAUGAAGAUGCUGAGGAAGGUCAAGAAACCCGACUGGCUACCCUCUCAGACCUCCCCACCGAGCUGGUACUACAAAUCCUUCACGACGAUCGCAUAUCCCAUCGGGAACUGUAUAUGGUCGGUCUUGUUUCGAAGAGGCUCAAUUUUAUUGCCAUAUCUCUUCUUCUGGAGCGCAGGGGCAUCAGGCCGUCUACUUUGUACGAUUCGGUCUCUCUGAACUUGAGCGAUGACACUCUUCCUCCUCUAGCAACGCCUCACCUCCCCCAAGCCAAUGAAUUCUCCGGGAAAUCGGGAUGGAUGUCACUGAAACCGGAGGCAUUGAUUAUGGUCGCAUUCCACGUCUCCUCAAUACGCGACGUAACAUGCACCUUUCCGCAAUCUUUUACAGACUCGGCCAAUAUACUACGGCAUCUCGAACGUCUGUGUGCUUUCGUGGAACGUCUGUCGGAUAUUGGCUCUUUGACUCUUCAUUUCGACGGGGAUUAUCAGACUCGACAUUUGAGUUCGAACAUGUUUGCCGCCAUUCCUGUUCUGUUUGCCGAGGUUUUUAACAAGGUCAUCAGAAUAGUGGUAUCCCUAGGUUGCAAAUCUGUACAGGUGUACAACAAAAGCUUUCGGCUCAAAGACCAGUGCUGGAAUCUAAUAGAAGACUCGUCGAGUCCCCCGAUUCAAUAUCCUACGCCUGACCGCACACUUAAGAAGGCAACAAGCACACCCAACAUCUUUGCUAAAGCAAGGGGGAAACUGUUUGGCUAUCGACAACCAUCCGGUUAUUCGUCGAGAUUAGUGAGUGAACCGUCACCCUACACGACACACCCUCCCUACAUGAUCGGACGACAUUGUAGCCUCCGCGAAAUCCACAUCCAAACUCCUUUCGCCUUGCUCCCACGCUGUUUCCCCAGUAUCUGUGACGGUAUCUACUCCUCUAUGGGUACCUUAACGUCAAUCACGUUGUCGUACAUAUCCUUCGACGAGACCUUGUUUGGUGCUUUCUUAUCAACCCUGUCAUCUGUAUAUCGAGGCAGAAAGAAUAUCGUAACACAUUUUAGCUUGCAGCAGUGUCAAAAACUCCCUCCCAAGGCACUAUUGGAACUUCUGCUCCACUUUCAAGAUCUCGAAUACUUGGAACUUGACAGAUCCUUGCCAUUUAUAGGGGAUCAAUUGGACAUCCUUCCCAAUGAUGUGCACUUCUCCGAGUUGCGCACCUUAAAGGCACCCCUGGACUGGAUCAGCUAUUUCUUGAAUCAAAGACAGACUACACCUCUUCCCUCUCUUUCAGCAGUGGUCAUCCAAUGUCGCUUACCGAAUGCACCCGAAUUUAUAUAUGAAGUUUACCGGCCCCACCUUGAUACUAUCCUCGAGCCCAUCUACUGGCGAUGUAAGAAAUCCUCGCACAAUUACCAGCUGCCCAAGAUAGCAGUCACACUCGACCUUGUCCUCAACCGGACUCGUUCACAGCAGAUGGAGGCGGACCGCAUUGUCAUCAACCUCCAGUCAACGGACUCAACCAUGACGAACGCACGCGGUCUCGGCGCUCGACCGCCCCUUCACUGGGAUAUUAUCACGAAGUUAGAGCUGUUUCCGACAUAUCCCCCUGUCAACGAUUCCAAGGCGUUCACGCUUGCGCAGUGGGUGACUUCAGUCUUCCCUUGCGUCGAGCAGGUCACAAUCCCUCUUCCCUUCAUCCCACGACACAUGCCUCCAGACGAAUAUAAGAGUCGCCAGAUGGACCUCGCCGUCGAUGCCGCUAAUUAUCUCAAGAAAUCUCUUUGUCUCCGACAGAGAAGCGAGAUUUCCGACCCCGUAGCUUGGAAGACUUUGGUUGUCGGCCCGUGGUCGCUUUCUUUGGAGCUUGACUAA